AUGGACGUAGAUGGCUUCCAAGGCUUCCAAGGCGACUAUAAACACACGCUGACCGACGCUAUACCGCAUUCCCACAGCCAAUGCCAAUGCCAGAAACUGCAUAGCAACCGCUCGGAUGAGCCGCUUCCGGAGUUCGUGGGAAAUGGCGGUGGCAAUGGAGUCUUCAAACUCCCAGUUCGCUCUGCCGUCAAUCCCGGCCGUCCGCCCUGCCUCGAGUUGAGGCCCCAUCCGCUGAGGGAGACUCAAGUCGGCAAGUCCUUGACAACUAUUGCUUGUACGGACACUCAGCUCUGGGCCGUUCAGCAGUCUGGUGAGAUCAGGGUCUGGAACUUCUCCGACGCUUACCGCCAGCAGCAGCACCACCACCCGGGGAUUCCGAGAGGAGACGAGGAUGCCGCACCCUUUUAUGAAUCGGCUCAUAUUUCUUCGCCCGCAACGUGUUUGGUAAUUGAUUCAGGGAGUAAAUUGGUUUGGAGUGGGCAUAAGGAUGGCAAAAUCAGGUCCUGGAAGAUGGAUGAUGAUCACCCAUCAUCAUUAAUGGAAAAAAAUGAUAAUCAUCGUCAUACUUAUACUCCUUUCCAGGAAGCUCUCUCUUGGCAGGUUCAUCGUGGACCCAUUCUUUCCAUGGUCAUCUCUUCUUAUGGUGAUCUAUGGACAGGUUCUGAAGGUGGUAUUCUUAAGGUUUGGCCAUGGGAAGCCAUUGGAAAAUCCCUUUCUUUAUUGCCAGAUGAAAGACACAUUGCUGCUUUAUUAGUGGAGAGGUCAUCCAUUGACCUUACGAGCAAAGUCACCAUUAAUGGUGUCUGUAAUAUUUCUUCUUCUGAUGUGAAGUGUUUAUUAUCUGAUAAUAUUAGAGCUAAAAUAUGGGCAGUUGGGUCUCUAACAUUCUCAUUGUGGAAUGCUCGUACACGGGAACUUUUAAAAGUAUAUAAUGUAGAUGGUCAGAUUGAGAAUCGAGUCAACAUGUCAUCAGUGCAAGAGCUAGCAGUUGAAGAUGAUAUGAAUGUAAAGUUUGUUUCCAAGUCAAAGAUGGAGAAAUCCCAAUGUAUUAAUCUUUUUCAAUGGUCAUGGAAUGCUAUAAUGGGAGUUGCAGAUGCUGUUCAUCAAUUUGCAGCAAAGGGUGCAGAGGCAUUCUUUGAAGAUACUAAAAGAACAGAAGCGCUAGUGAUAACUGUAGAUGGAAUGAUCUGGAGUGGAUGUUCAAACGGCUUACUUGUUCAAUGGGAUGGCAAUGGAAAUCGUUUGCAAGAUUUUCAUCAUCAUCCAUAUGCAGUUCAAUGCUUUUGUACUUAUGGGUCACAAAUAUGGGUUGGCUAUGUGAGUGGUAUAAUCCAGUUGUUAGAUCUUGAUGGAAAAUAUAUUUCAGGAUGGGUUGCUCAUAGUAGUCCUGUGAUAAAAUUGGUAGUCGGGACUGGUUAUGUUUUUAGCUUGGCUGCCCAUGGUGGUAUACGUGGAUGGAGCAUCACAUCUCCAGGACCUCUUGACAACAUACUGCACAGAGAAUUGGCAGCAAAAAAACUAAUAUACACAAGGAGAGAAAAUAUUAAAAUUUUAGUUGGAACAUGGAAUGUUGGUCAAGGAAGAGCAUCUCAUGAUUCACUUGUGUCAUGGCUGGGUUCUGUAGUAUCAGAUGUUGGCAUUGUUGUUGUUGGGUUGCAAGAAAUUGACAUGGGUGCAGGUUUUCUUGUCAUGUCUUCAGCAAAAGAAAUUGUCAGAGUUAAGGGGAGUGCCAUUGGGCAAUGGUGGCAGGACACAAUAGGAAAGACCCUGGAUGAACGAUCAAGUUUUGAACAUGUAGGGUCUAGGCAGCUGGCAGGCUUGCUCAUUGCUAUCUGGGUUAGAAAGAAUCUUAGAAUGUAUGUUGGUGACGUCGAUGUUGCAGCAGUCACAUGUGGCUUAGGGCGAGCAAUCGGUAAUAAGGUUGUGAUUCUUGAUUCAACUUGGGUUCGUUGCGUUUGUCAUAACAAACUGGUAUCAGAGCUUUCGGUUCGAAGCAGGGAUGUCGUCCAAGUUUCUGGAUAUCGAGAAGUUUAA